UCAGUGAAGGCUGCAGCCGCACGCUGCUGCACUUGAUCACACAGGACACGUUUGGAUUUUUGUUUUUACCCUUGAAGGAGGCUUCGGAUUAUUCCUGUGUUUUAUUUUGUUUUCCUUUAGAAGCAGCAGAGAUGCCACCUGUGUAACUUUGAAAAGAAAAAAAACAAACACUACCGUGCUUGAAAGCUGUUCAUGUUACUGAGGGAAUAAACGUCAAGUGGAUUUUACACACCGGGCUCCGGACGCAGAGACUGGAGAUUGUUUUUCUUUUACGCUCACUUUCAAACAUUCAUUUGUUUUCUCACACUUCCUCGGACAGCUCACGAUGCGACUUUUCCUGGCGCGCGUGCGACCCGUCGGGAAACACCGGCGCUGGUAAAAAUGUUACAAGGUCGUUAAAUUUAUUGGAACGUGACCACCGGAGAUGAACUUUCUCCGUAAUGAUUGCGGGAGCUCUGGUGAAUGAUUGACAGCAGAGGCUCGGUCUGGCGCUCUGUGGACCUUUACGGACAAACAUAAACUGGAUUCACCGCCAGGAGUUUCAUUUAUAUAGUUGUAAUCAAGAGGAAGAGAGAAGCAGAAUGAAACUCUGGUCCUGAUCCAUCCAGCAGAAGAAAAAAAAGUUGUCUGGGAUGAACUGAAGCUGCUUCACCCUCUAUUUUGAUUUUUUUUCUUGUUUUAAUACUCUAAAUUAAUAAUUCUAAAACAUGUUCUGUAUGGCAUCUAAUGUGCGGCACGCGCCGUGCAGACCGGUGUUCCCGCGGCUCCUCGUGCUGCUGCUGCUGUUCGUGUGUCCUGGUCUCACGUUCGGAGCCUCCAAGGAUCUGGUGUGUGAGCCCAUAACCGUGCCCAUGUGCAGGGGCAUCGGCUACAACCUGACCUACAUGCCCAACCUGUUCAACCACGACACCCAGGAGGAGGUGGGGCUGGAGGUGCAUCAGUUCUGGCCCCUGGUCCGGAUCCGCUGCUCUCCGGACCUGCUCUUCUUCCUGUGCAGCAUGUACACUCCCAUCUGCCUGCCGGACUACCGCAAGCCGCUGCCGCCCUGCCGGUCCGUGUGUGAACGGGCCAAGCGCGGCUGCUCCCCUCUGAUGAGCCAGUACGGCUUUGAGUGGCCCGAGAGGAUGAGCUGUGAACAGCUGCCCCAGCUGGGCGACGAGACCCUGUGCAUGGACCAGAACAGCAGCGAGGCCACCACCCUGGCUCCACCGUUCCCCAAGCCCACCCCGAAAGGCCGGACCAGACCCCCCAGCCCUCCUCAGUGCGACAGAGAGUGCCGCUGUCGAGACCCCCUGGUCCCCAUCAAGAGGGAGUCCCAUAUUCUGUAUGGCCAGGUCCAGACCGGCCCCCUCCCCAACUGCGCCCAGCCCUGCCACCAGCCCUACUUUUCGGCUGACGAACGCGCCUUCACCACCUUCUGGGUGGGACUCUGGUCGGUGCUGUGCUUCAUCUCCACCUUGACCACCGUCGCCACCUUCCUCAUUGACAUGGAACGCUUCAAGUACCCGGAGAGGCCCAUCAUCUUCCUGGCUGCUUGCUACCUCUUCGUGUCCUUGGGUUACAUCAUCCGCCUGGUGGCGGGUCACGAGCGAGUGGCGUGCGGCGCCGGCGGCAGUGUUGGCAACGACCAGCUGCACAUCCUCUACGACACCACCGGCCCCGCUCUCUGCACCCUCGUCUUCCUGCUGGUGUAUUUCUUUGGCAUGGCCAGCUCCAUCUGGUGGGUGGUGCUGUCCUUCACCUGGUUCCUGGCCGCGGGGAUGAAGUGGGGCAGCGAGGCCAUCGCAGGCUACUCCCAGUACUUCCACCUCGCCGCCUGGCUCAUCCCCAGCAUCAAGACCAUCGCGGUCCUGGCCCUCAGCUCGGUGGACGGGGACCCUGUGGCUGGAAUCUGCUACGUGGGGAACCAGAGUCUGGAGAACCUGAGGGGAUUCGUGCUCGCACCUCUCGUGGUGUACCUCUUCACCGGCUCACUUUUCUUACUCGCUGGCUUUGUCUCGCUCUUCCGCAUCCGGAGCAUCAUCAAGCAAGGCGGCACCAAGACGGACAAACUGGAGCGGCUGAUGAUCCGCAUUGGGCUCUUCACGGUGCUGUACACCGUCCCCGCCACCAUUGUGGUGGCCUGCCUGGUCUACGAGCAGCACUACCGGCCCGGCUGGGAGCGAGCCCUUGCGUGCUCCUGCCCGUCGGAGCGCCAGCGCUCGGGCGUGGGCCCGGACUACGCCGUCUUCAUGCUCAAGUACCUAAUGUGCUUGGUGGUGGGCAUCACCUCGGGGGUCUGGAUUUGGUCAGGAAAAACCCUGGAGUCCUGGAGGAGGUUUGUGGCUCAAUGUUGCCCCUGCUGGCCGCAGAAAGCCACCGCUCCACCCUCCAUGUACAGUGAGGCCAGCACCGCUUUAACCGGACAUACUGGGACCGGGCUGACAUCGGGGAUGUACCAUAAAGCUGCUCCAUCGCACAUAUGAACUGACUGGUGCGGUAAGAGUUACCUGAACUCAAGUAUCCAAACAUGGAGAAAGAAUUUCAGCUCUCACAAAAAAACGGACGAUUGUGACUGAAUUUAAAAAACACGAUGGAGCAGCGUAAAAAGAGAAACAUUUAUAUGAACAACCUGGAUAAUUUAAGAAAGACAGAAUAUUUAAAAAGAGUCUGACUUUUGAGAAAAGGGACUCCCAACAGUUGAAACUGCUUCUCUAAGCAGUCGAGCUGAUGCAGCUGACCAAACUUGACAUUUACUAAAAAGAAAAAGUAUAAUAAACAAUCGUCAAACCUAACAGAGUUACAUGGAUCCAUGAUGGAACCACACACGCUUCUUCCUAUCGGUUUAUCCUGAGCACUGAGAGACAAAAACAUAUUUAUUUAUGUACAUAUUGUAUAAAAUUGCUGUUAAAAGGUGUAUUAUGUGGUAUGUGUAGUUUGUAACUAAGUGCAGGACACCAGAGAAACCAAUCUGGUCCGAUUUGAAUUGUAUGAACUUGUACAUAAAUAUGCUGUUUCAUGUCAUGUUUGCGUGUGGUAUCUGGUGUGUUUUAUAACGUCAAACUGACACAGUGCUGAUACGCCGUCUUUGUUUCGUUGUUUUUUUUCAGACUAGGUAAUCAAAGUAAAAAGUAAUCCAGUCUUUGUAGUGGAUACCGUUGUGACCUCUAGGCUCCUGUGUUGGUUCGGUUCUGAACUAGUCGUGUUGGUGUUGUGUGGACCGACGGGCAGUGAUCAGGUUAAACUGCGGGAUGAAACUGAACUUGGCCUCUACCCCCAUCUGCUGGUUGAAGGUGGAGGUGCCCGCUUUAUGUUCUCCACAUCAGGGACUCCCCCUGACGGGUCAACAUUAGACAACAGACCCUCAGUCCCCAUAAGUCCCAUCCUCACUCAGACUUACAGAAAAAUAGCAGCUACAAUGAAAUCUUCUAUUGGAAUAGUAACUUUUUAUGAUUUGUGUUUUGACAAUGCUGCUGUGGACUCCCCGAUACCAACUGAAGGACCUCUAAAAUGUCCCAAGACCUCACUUUGUCAACCAUUACUGAUAUUUUUCUAGUGAUUUCAUGCCAUGGACAUGGACAGAUUUUGCAGUCACACUGAUGUUUUUAAAUAAUUAGUCGAUUAUAAGACAUCUCCUUGGUGACAGGCAUUUCCACAAGCAAGACGAAAAACAGACGUAUUAUUUGUACUCAUUUUGUCGCUACUGUACGUUCUUUUAUUGGAACAAUUUGACUUAAAUGUUUGCAACUUGAAACCAAGUAUUCCUCUUACUUGAUUAGUUGGAAACCGUGCACACAUUUUUAGUAAUUAAUUGAUGAAAAGUACUAAUUGAUAAUCAAUUAAAAUCUAAAGAGGAAGAAACGCAAAAUAUCUAACAUAUUUAAGUUCAAUAUUGUAGAGGUCAGUUUUUUUUUGCUGGGGGUAAUGGGCUUCCAUAGGUCUGGGGUCUAUUUGAGAAAAAAUAUCGGUUUUCAAAGUGGACCUUAAACAUUUGUCAUUAUUUUUGAUAACUUAGCAUCAACAAGCACUUUUGGAAGAUGCUUUUCUUUUCUUUUUAAAUCGCAAUUGACUGCAUUAACACUAUUUACUACUAUCUAUUAUGUAAAUCUGUCCAGAGGUGUGUAUGUAUCAACAUUCUGCAGAGCCAAAUUUAAAGCAGGGGUCUGUGGUCGAAUGUGGACGACCUGUUUUCAGGAGCACUGACAACAUAAAGUGAAGGAACCUCCGUCUCCUCUCAGAGGGCACAUCUUGUGUUUCUUUUCGGAGUUCAAAAGUACAAACUAACGAACUAUAAAAAAAGAAAGCUUUGUGCAAAAAGUCCCCACAUCAGAAGACAGUAUUUAAACGUCUGACACGUGGUGCAAAUUAAGCGUUUGUUGUUUUCUGCGAGUGUCGGUGAUGUUUUCAUUCAAUGCUGUUGGCCAGUUGUGUUGUUAAACUGCUGCGUGUCCACGUGCUAGAUGAUAUCUCUAAUUUAUUAGGCUGAUUUGUGCGAGUGAACGUGAUUGUACGAGUGAUGAUGAAUGCCGGCAAGUGUUGGUAAAAACUGACAUUUAGCUUUUCUUUUUCUUUUUUGUCGACGUGUAAAUCUGCUCUCUUAUUGAAAGAGUUCCUGAAAGGAUAUGAAAAAAAUAUUGUAGAUUAUGAUUCAUAUUGUGGAAUUAAAACUGAGUUGAUCUCGA